AUGGAAGGGAUGGUGGCGGAGAAGAAUCAACGAUACCUUAUGGUGCUAAUGCGUACAAAGAUAUGCGGCAUCGACGUCAUGAAACUGAUAACACCCGAGAAGGACGAGGAGGACGCUGUGGAUUGGGAAAAUCUACCUCCGUUGCCCUUCGAUUUCAGCGUGGAUCUUCCAUUGGGGCGCAUGUUCGCUUUGGAGCUGGAUUCCAAGAUUCAUCUCGUUGGAGGUAUCAAAUAUAUGUCCAGAUAUGAUUAUUAUUUUGAUGGUGCUUACUAUACAACUUGCAAUAAAGUCUACGAACUAGACCUUGACAAGAAGGAGGUAGAGGAGUCGAAAUCAAUCGAUGAUGCUCCAGAGUUAUCUGUUUCCGGGUUCUCUACUCUUCACAAAAUUGAAAGUGAUUAUUAUUUUAUGUUGAUGUGUGGUCGCGGUGGUUUCCUACCCGACAAUGGUGCUCAGAAUUUUGGGUUCUACGCUCUGGGACCAAGAAUUGAUCACAGUUCAUGGUUCGACUUCUAUGGUAAGCUAUACAUCCGACUCUGUUUCGAAGAUGGAAGAGUUGUCGUCUUCUCUUAUGACACCCAUAACCUACAUUGGACAACGAGUGAGGGUGACAAUAGUUUUACGCGUUCUUUUUGUGUCCCAGUGGCAUCCCAUGGCCAGCGUCGGUUCUUUCUUCCAAGGGUGCAUAUUCCAGAUUUGGUUGAUCCUGGCAAAUACCUGGCACUUUCAUGCGAACGCAUUGGAGGGAAAAAAGUGAUAUAUGCAUUCCAGGUGGAUGAAUUGGGUGUCCUUUUCUUCCAAAGGCUUGAAGGCUGCUUAGAUAGAAUGCCGUCCUUGUAUUAUGAGAAAACGCCUGUGCUUGUUGAUCUUGAUGGCAAAGGCACGUUUAUUGUUAUGUUACCUGGCUCUGCAAAGGAAGAAAAAGAGGACCCGGUCCUCUUUGUGUUGGUUCUUCAGGUUGUUGCAAAGAAGUUUGUCAACCAUCCCUCCCGGGUCCUCCGUAGGUCUGUGAGGCCCCCAACGGAGUGUGAGUUCUUAGAUUGGAAGGUCCUUAGCAUGCACAUGUACAGAAUGGAGGUCUCGAGUUGGGGAAUAAGAGAUGAUUUGUAUGCUGUCUUUAUUUUCCCUGGCAUCCAGUGGGAAGAAGGUCAAAUAGGCAAAUUUGAAUUUCGAAAAGGAAGGUAAAUAUGCAGUUGUCACUGAUAGGUGGCAGAAGUUCAGUGAUGUAUGCUAAAGUAAUGCAAUUUCUUGCCAACUUUGCUGAUGAUUUCUAGUUCAUGGUGUUGAUGUUGAAGGUAAAAAGUAAGUUACGAUUGUCCGAUCCAAUAUUGUAAACUCCAAC